AUGCAGCAGUUAAAGGAUCAAAUUCCAGUUGGAUAUAGAUUCAACCCUACUGACUGUGAGUUAGUAGGUUAUUAUCUUUUCAACAAACUCAAUGGUUGCCUUUUACCCAUUGACAACAUGUUAGUGGCUGAUACUAACUUGUAUGGCAAGGACGAGCCGUUGCAAUUAUGGGAGAAAUUUGGAGGGAAUUGCUCGUUUUAUAGUGAUGGAGAGAUUUACUUGUUCACUAAGUUAAAGAAGAAGGGUUCAAGAAUCUUGCGAAGCGUUGGUGCUGGUGGUACUUGGCAUGGCGUGGAUGCUGGAAAGCCUGUUAGAAUUAAGACUAAUAGAGGGCAGUUGAUUGAAGGAACCAAAAAAUGUUUUAGUUAUAGAAAUCCAAACUCUAUCCAUGAUGGUUGUUGGAUUAUGCAUGAGUUUUCUUUGUUUGAUAUCAGCUACGAUUGGGUUCUUUGUCGUCUCAAAAAGAAUUUCUCUACUGAUGAAACAGGUGUUUCUGAUAAUGUGCCUGGGAUUAAGAAACGGGUUUCAUCCAAGAAAAGGAAAAUUGUUCAUUUUGCAGGUGACUUCAAUAAUUCUGAGUUUCUUACAUCCGACGAACGUUUCAAGGUUACUGAUGUUGUACUUGCAGAACAAGCGUUGUCAGGUUUCAGUUCUAAUGGGGCCUCAAUUGCAGUAACUGAACAGGGCAAUGAGAUCGUAGUAGCAGAAUUCAAUUCUGAGGGUGUUAUAUCAAACAAGAGUUUGAAGGCUGAUGUAAUUGUUGAAGAACAAUCUAAUGGGGCCUCAACUGCAGUUACUGAACAAAGCAAUCAGUUGUUGGGUUCUGACGAUUUGAUUGAACGGCUGAUCAACACAGAUCUUGCUAAUUUCACUGUUGAGUUGUUAGGGGAUGAUCAAAGCUUUACACAAUCGAAUGAUUUUGCUGAGCUUGAACCAUUAUUUCAGCAUGAUUCUUAUUUUUGUCUAUUUAAUGGAAGAGGAUGGAUGCCUUCCUAUCAACAAAAAGAAUGA